UAGUUUUGCUAUGUUUCACAGAACCAAGACAUGCUGUUGUUGUGAUGCUAGCUAUAGUAGCAGGAGAGUUGUCUGGAGCUGGUGUGCUGACUCUGGGAAACAGUCUCGUCCUCUCUGCAUGUUGUUGCAACAAUUUGCUAACCAACUACCUAGCUAACGUUAUUUACAUUACUUGCUAUGUUGUUGUUGUGUUGUAUAUCAUGGUAUUUGUCCGUACAACGUUUGCUAAGGUUAGCCACGACGGCCUCGCACAGUGGGAUUAUUUGGGGGACGGGGCUUCUGAAGGAGCACUGAGGGAGGAGUGUGUUUGUUUGGGUGUUGAGUGCAAACAUCAACACACUUUCUCGGGAAUCGCUGAAUGCAGCUUUAAAUGGAUAGUUCUGUCAUUUACUCACCCUCAUGUCAAGACCAGUGUGACGUUCUUUCCUCCGUGGAAAUACAAAAGUAGAUGUUAAUCUCAUUUACCAUACAAUAACUUUGCAAAGAAAAGGACAGCUUGUUCGUUAGAAAUGAUGAAUUUAAUUAACGAGUGAGUACACCCCACUUAACCCGUCUUCCAAACCGUAUUUCUGCCUUAGCCUGUUAGACUAAGGUAAGCCUUAAUGAUUUAUAUUUUAGAACGGUCGGGACGGACUUCCUGGGAAAUUGCAUACUUCCGUCGUGCGUCCGUGCGCGUUGACGUCAUGUCCGUCAAGCUAAAAGCGUGUAGCCACAACAAAUGAGCAACACUGACGAUGGAUCGCUCAAAAAAUCACCCCUCUGGGGAAUCACCCGUUGAAAAAACUAAGAAACCACGAACCGAGCAGAGUCGGCAAGCAAAAAGGGAAAACGACAGAGCUCGUAAUAAAACACGAAUCAACAUCGGCUUGGCUUUUCAGAGGUGGCGACAACUCCGAGAUCUGAAAGGAUUUAAAACGGACCCAGAGUUGGCUUUUUUCUUGCUCGACAAUGUAUGCGGUAAAGAGCUUUCGGGAAUCAAUUUCAGGAAACCUCGCAGAAAAAGAGGAAGACCACCGAAAAUACAUGUGCCACAAAUCGAGGAGACCCUGAUUGAUUCUUCCCAGCAGAGUCAAGAUCCAAAAUCACCAAACCCAUGUCAGCCCAUCCAGGAUGCAAAGUUAAAAGAUCUCUCUCAGGCCAGUUCGGAGACCCAGUCUCCUUAUGAAAGUGGCAAUGUAGAGGUCUUUGGGAUCUCCUAUGACCUCCCUCAUACAUUGCAGAAUCAGUUAAAUGAACCAGCAGAGUGUGAAAUAAAAAUGGAAGAUGAAUUUGAUGAUGUCAGCACAAGAACGGUUUCUCCAUCAGACAAUCUCAAUUUUGCACUAAAGAGUUCAACAUCAAGCACAAUUACAGCGGAAGAAAACGAAGAACUCUGGAAAGAUAUAAAAGAAGAACAAGAACAAAUUGAUCUUCAACCAGAAGAUUGUUUACAUGUCUGCGUGAGUUCCAUUGCUCCAUCAGAUAAUGAGGAUCUCAGUUCAACUACACAAGGAAUAGUACAGAAGGAACAAAAAUGGGGGGUCAACAAUACCAGUUUGAAAGGACUCUUCAGGACCUGCCAUCAAUGUGGAGACCCAGUUCUUGAAUUUAAAACGCUAACAUCAGGGAACUUCGUCCAUGUUCAGUGGGAAUGUUCAAAGGGACAUCUCAUGUGGCUCUACCAUAACAACAACCCAACGUAGUACAAAUGCCAAAACCAGUUGAGGAAGAAAGGACUUCAAAGUGUGUCUUGGUUGAAUAAAACUAAGUGAAUAAAAAAGGUUGUUUGACAUAACAGGUUUUUGCUUUUCGUUGGUAUUACGGAGGAUGUUGUGCAAGACUUCAUCAGUGAAUGCAAAUAUAUACCAUGUAAAUAUGGAACCAAGGAGGAAAGAAGACCUCAUGCUUUUAGAAAGGACGUUCUUUACAGAAUAACUAUAAUACUUGUGCAGUAGCAGCCAAGGAAGUACAACAACAGAAUGUGCCGGCUCUAAUGGAAUUUAAUUUGGAAAAACCAGUAUUUCUUUGCAAAAAUAAGCAGGGUUCCCAUGGUCAUAGAAAACCUGGAAAUAAGCACAUUUUAAAUGUGUUUUCUAGGCCUGGAAAAGGCAUUGAAAUUGAUAGUAAAUGGAAUGUUUUAAAAUAUUUCAUACUAAAAAAUAAAUACAUUUAAAAUGUCAUCGGCUAAAAGUGCAAUAUCUAUAAAAUUAUUUUUAGAAAGUGAAAGCGAUAAAUUAAUUGGUCAAAAGGUAGGAACCCUCGUCAAUAUGCAGCAGUAGGGCCUUAGUAAAUGGGGGGAAUUGUACAAUGUCUGGUUAGACUCGAAUGCAUAAAAUUAAAGUUGCUUUAUCUUUUUGAAUUGAGUUGAACUUUUUGAAUUGGUCAUGUUUUUUUUUUUUUUCCCUUAGGUUUUUGAAACCAAAAUAACUCAACUGGAAGGUAAACUCAAUUUUCAACUAGCUCUGGCCCAGAUUAAAAAUGAAUUAAACUGCUGUAAACACGGUUACAAUUUCAUAAUUCCAUUGAAAAGCUCUAUCCUGGAGAUAGACCAAUAUAUCGAUGCCAACAGUUUAUUUUUGGAACCAUUGGUUAUCAAAAAUCUAUGCCAAAAAUAGGGCUAAACCUUAAGCCUUUAUUUUGACACUGAAGGAAGACAUUUCUGUUUGUAGUAGAGUGGACAGUGGCCUUUUAAUGCAUAGAAAUGUUCUCAUCCACUCCAGUCCACAAAAACGUACAUUUGGAUAGUAACAUUUAGCGGCCAAGCAUAUUUGGAACUAAGAAAAUGUGCAAUUAGUGAAUCUAGAGCGCUGUAAAUAUAACAUGCUAAGCUUUACGUGUGCUUGAAGUGUAAUACAGUACGGAGAACAGCGCUGCGCACGUACGGUAAGCGCAGUAAGCGUGCAUAAUAUUUAUUUAAAAUCGCAGCCCUUGCGGUUUGAUAAAUCGCACUACGUCAUGUCGGGAUUUGGAUUUCAUUUAGUUUAAUCGUUCAGCCCUAAAUGAUUCCUCCAUGCUAAAGGAUUCUACAGUUAGAACAGUGGCCUCUAGAGGUGAAAAACCAUCACUGACACCUCGUAGGGAUUUCCUGUCCCUAAACGGGUCAUUAUGGGCCGUAGUCAUCCAUAUUUUUAUCCUCGCGUCAACGUAGAUUGUUAUUUGAAUUAGAUAAUCAAGUGUUCUAAAUUGAAGUGAAGGCUUUUUCUUAGAUCCACUGAAAUGUAGUAACGAUUUUGCUUAGUUAAAAAGCUAUAUACACGAAGGGGUUUGAAUCAACAUACAGAUUGAAAGACUGCUCCAACACACUGUAAAAUGUUUUACUGUUAUUUGUAUUGUAUAUGUAUUUUUUUUAUUAUUAUUUUGGUUUUUACUUCUUUUGGAGAAAUAAUAUUUUCUAGCAAAUAUACAGUGGGAUUCACUACUGAUAAUGCUUCAUGCCACUCUUUUAUAAUUUAAUGCAAAUGUUUAUUACAAAUUAUAUUAUCAGAACAACAAUUUGGGUUAUAUGUAGUUGUGUAGAAGGUGCUUGUUUUCCACAUUAAGAACAAUGUGCAUUUACUUUUAAAUGGUAACAUAAUUAGAUUUAUGUUUAGCAUGUUCUAUAAGAUGACCUCCAACUUAGGGCCAAGAAGGUAAACUUGUCCCAGCAGUCAUCUGAUUUUUAUAAAAUGAAUAAAAACACUUGAUAAAGGUUUUUUUUUUUUUUUUUUUUACAUCUAAAAUGUCAAACUAAACCAAAUAUUCCAUGUAAUUAUGUAUUUUAACAGUUAAGUUGAAUAAUGGCAUGCAGUGCUUUGAAAAA